GCUGAAGCGUGCGUCGAUCUUUGAGUUGGAUCAGAGUUUGCAGACGGACGUGGACCAGGCGUUACCUAUGCUGGGCACGGCUUACACUAUGACUCGAAAGUGGGAGCGCUGGCAUGCACGGGCCAACCGCGCGAUGGAGCUGGGGGUCGAGGCGGGCCUGCUCGUGCGGAUUGGGGGCGCUGAGAGACCCAAGGGAUCGAAUCCCGAAGAGAGGCCUGUUGCAUCGACUCCGGAGCGGAGGCCGAACGAGCCCAUCAUCCUGUCCAGAUUGAAGAAGUUGGCCCGAAGUAUUGCAGAGCAGUUGAAGCGUAGCCCACCGACCGCGAGAUUGGAUGGGCACCAGCUCGAUGUGUUCAUCGAUUUCUGUUUACGGCAUGUUAUCGACAAUGGAUGUGCUGGCCCUCCGAGCCUCGGUCGAGCCCAUGACCGAGUCUCAGAAGCUAUUGCCAGGAUGGAGCGCCGUUUGCGGGCGGAAGACAGUUCAUCUUGGAAGCAGAUCUUUGCUAGAGAAGUGAUUGAUUCGGAGUGGUGGAGAGCGGCGAGUUCGGUCAUGCACGACUCGACGGAGUGCCCAGCCUUCACCGCCGACGACAUGUCCGAGGAGUGGCGCAAGAUCUGGCGCCCCGAGGACUUCAACGGAGCGGCGUGCGCGACCUCGUGGGUGGAGCACGCUCGGCGGAUGCGUCGCCCCCUUCCUCGGAGCAAGGCCCAGGCGGGCUGGGUGCCGAGCUGGGAGCAGCUCCUAGGGGCCAUCGCUCGUGGGAAGGGAAGUGCUGGCUACGAUGGGUGGACAGCCCGUGAGUUGAAGAUGAUGGCCGUGACGUUCGAGUUACUGGUGCGGGACUUGGACGACCUGUGGCUGGACACGGCGAAGUACCUCGGGACCAACGGCAUGUUCAAGACCGUGCCCCUGGAGGAGAGGCCCGAGGAGGCAGCUCAGUACGCCUGCAAAGCGGAGUCGUCAGUAUGUCAAGCAGUGUGCAGUUGGCUGAAGGCGUUUGUCACCGCGCAAGCGGGCAUGGAGCGCGAUCUCAGCAAGUGCUACGACCAGGUGCCCCACGAGGUGGGGAUUGCUUCGCUCCAUGCCGCGGAGGCGCCAUCGGACCUGGUGGCGGUGUCUUUCGCAGCGUGGACGCGGCCAAGACGAUGCCAGGUGGCCGGUGCUCUCGCCCAGGAGGCGGUCUGGCCGUCGCGAGGCCUGGCGCAGGGGGGCUCCUGCGCGCCCAAGGUCCUCUGCUCUGCGCUGGCCCCCUGGGAGGUCGAGGGCGAGCAGUUCUUGUUCAUGGAUGAUCGCUCGCUGGUGUGCGAGACGGACCAGCAGCUCAUCAACGACAUCAACACGACGGACCGCUUCGACACAGAGACGGGGGCCGUGGAGAACAAAGGCAAGCGCCAGGAAUGGCAUCGUGGCGAGUUUCGCCGCAUCGAGCACAUCGGGGUCGAAGCUGUACCAGACGAUCCCACGGCCCCCGUCGCCCCAUCGGGAGGAUGGAAGAAGGUGUACGCAGCCAUCGCCGCCCUGCGGCAGCUGCCUG